GAAAGCAACCCCAGCACACACACACGCGCGCAAAAAAAGGACUCAGGCCAGGCUCUUCAUAAACACUUCGGAACUAUCCACCAGAUAACAUCUCAUCAUGUGCAGAGGACUUGAUCUGCUGCCAAUCACUUGCUUGGAAAGGGCCAAGGAGCUGAAAGCUCUGUUUGGAAGUUUGCUGCAAAAGACGGAUCACAGCAUCCCCGUGCAGCCGAAAAAAAAUGAGACGCAGAGCUCUAAUGUCGAUGAGCGUGUGAAAUGGAAGGAGUCCUUUGAGAAAUUGCUGUCCAGUCAAAAUGGGUUGUGCCUAUUCAGAGCCUUCCUCGUGUCGGAAUUCAGUGAGGAAAACAUUGCCUUCUACUUAGCGUGUGAAGACUACAGGACCACCAAGCCAUCAAAAAUGUCCAUCAAGGCCAAGAAAAUCUACGAUGACUUCAUCAGCGCAGACGCUCCCCGAGAGGUAAAUCUUGAUCAUGUGACUAAAGCCCUCACUAAGGAGAACUUGGAGCAUCCCACUCAGUCAUGUUUCGAUCUGGCCCAAGCCAAAAUCUACACCCUGAUGGAGAAGGACUGCUACCCUCGUUUCCUCAAGUCCUUGACGCAGCAGAGCGGACAAGAACGUAUAAGUGUCUUAAUCAAGACCUGCCCGGCAAACGGCAGGCAGAUGUGAUAUAUUCACUCGACGGGACAUGCAAAAGCUUACUGACGCCCAGCAGAAAGGUACACAGCAAAUACCCUCAGCCGAGGAGACACGAGGCUUGAGGUUGCACAGACUGGAGUCCAAGCUGAAGUACAUGAAGCUGUGAGGCGAGACGGACGCACACUCGGUUGCUUGUGAGAAGACACAAAGCCGAUUGCCACAUCGGCAUAAGACUUGCUCAAAGAAGAAAAAUGUGUUGCUUUCACACUACAAAUCUGUCACUAGGAGAGAUGCUGUCUUUAUUUAUUUAAUAUUUUUUAAAUGAAAUCUGUAUUUAUAAAGAAAAUAAGAAAUGUUUGCUGUACCACUAUUUUUUUUUUUAUCUGUAAUGUCAAAAUAAACGCAUCAAAUA